AUGUCUUCACUCCUGCAAAGCCAAGCCAACGGAUAUUGUCUCGACCCAUGGCUACCGAACUUGCUCAUGAUGCGCCAAGCCUGCCGACGCAACGGUCAACGAUGCCAUGCGUCUUCUCUGUACAGCUCACAACACGAAGUUACGAGAUUGCAGCUAUCUAGGCAGCACGGUCUGAUAAGACCAUUGUUGAUCACUGACUGGGAAGCUCGGGUUCGGAACGCAAGACUUCAUCGGCAUCUUCCAGCGCACGUCGGCGCAACGGUGAUCGUGACUCCACCACUGCGGUGUGAUUCAGACCUCGCCAAGAGCAAGCAAGGCACCCCAUCCCUUCGAACCCUCGAAAUAGCAAAGAAGAAAAAAAAGACAUCACUGAUCGUCCCGACCGACAUAUCCCGGCCCGCGCCCAUCUCGCUACCAAUUUCCCCCCUGAACCCCGCGCGCGGCUUUCUUACUACAUACGCCCUUGUACCUAGUGCGCACGAACUCACCCUCGCAUCCCAGUGGAGAUCUCCCCUCGAGCAUGGAGUCCAACUAACUCAGCGACGCAUUCUGCGUAGCUUUGCAGGCGAGGAAAUCUCAGCAGACUCACGGGCACCACAAAAACGCUAG